CUCUCUUCGAACGUGCACACUGAACUAUAUCAACUUCCCAUCUCUCAGUGCCUCGUCAAUACCUGAUAUAUAGCAAUAAAUUACAUUGGUGGCGUCAUAGCACACUUCGCCAAAGUCCCAGAUUGAUAAGAGAGUCUGGAUUGACCGACAAAAGCCCCUCCAAGUGUUCGGCCGAGCUUCAUUCCGUCACAGAACGCGCAAGAGCGAGCAAGUGAAACCUAAAAAAGCGUGCUUAAGUGAACAUUGUAAGGCCACAGUUGCCUCAUUACGAAGUUUCCAGCAAAUUUUAGUGCUUUUCGUGCAUCAAUUCUCAUUCUCCAGACAAAAUCCAAACACGCAACAUGAAUACACAAACGGUCAUCGUCACAUCACCUGCCGUGGGCCCCUCAUCCACGGGCAUCGUGUGCCCUUCCUGUCGCCUCAGCGUGAUGACGAACGUGAGAACGGAAUCAACCACUAGAACUCACGUGAUCGCAAUUCUGCUUUGUGUUUUUCUGUGCUGGCCAUGCGUUUGUGUGCCUUAUUGCAUGGAUUCGUGCAAGAAUGCUAAUCACUAUUGCCCCAACUGUGGCUCAUUUAUUGGCACAUACCAAAAAUAGUCCCGCUGCAGCGUGUCAAAGAAUAUACUAUGUAAUACGAUAAGAUUAUUUUGAACUUAAUUUCGCUGAUUGCUUCUCUGUCGGGAGUUUUUUUCCUCUGUAUUUGCUCGCUAUGCGUCAAUAAGUUUUGGGCGGAAAGUCGCGAUGUCUUGCAGCAUAUGCUGCAAGCGAGGUGUGAGCCUCAGAAAUAAUCUCGCGUCUCUCGCUUUCUGCGAAUGCUAAAGAAAAAUUCCAAAUACCAAUCAGUCCAAACAUUUUUCUAUAUGUAUAAAAUAAAAUUCAUGGGAUAGUAUUUGUAUUUACUUUAUUACUUUAAAUAGCAUUUAAGAAGGCAUUAAAUAAUAAUUCUUAUCGCUAAUAAACAUUUGAAAUUUUUAGGAAA